UCAGUCCUCCCCUCCAAGUCUCCCCUCAGCCACACUGCUGCCCUCCCACCACCCCCUGCCCUGCCAUUUGGCCGCUCUGUCUUCAAAACUGACCUCAUGAAUUCCAGGUUUUUGAAGAUUUUCCGGGAACUUCUGUCACUUGACCACAGAGCAGCCAGAGUGGCUGCGCUGACCGUGCGGGCGACCCGGCACCCCAGAAUGGACGCCGUGGGCACCAUGGGCUUCCAGACUCCGCCGACCCCAUACCUGAGUCCCACUGUCCUGCUGCUGGUCAGUUGUGACCUGGGCCUCGUGCAAGCAGACCGGCCUCCGUCCCCAGUGAACGUGACGGUCACUCACCUCAGAGCCAACUCAGCCACCGUGUCCUGGGAUGUCCCAGAGGGCAACAUCGUCAUUGGCUACGCCAUCUCCCAGCAACGACAGGACGGGCCUGGGCAGAGGGUGAUCCGUGAGGUGAACACCACGACGAGAGCCUGCGCACUCUGGGGCCUCGCCGAAGACAGCGACUAUACCGUGCAGGUCCGGAGCAUCGGGCUGCGGGGAGAGAGCCCCCCUGGGCCCCGGGUCCAUUUCCGCACUCUCAAGGGCUCCGACCGCCUGCCUUCGAACAGUUCAAGCCCAGGGGACAUCACAGUAGAAGGCCUGGAUGGAGAGCGGCCUCUCCAGACGGGAGAAGUGGUCAUCAUUGUGGUGGUUUUGAUCAUGUGGGCUGCCGUGAUCGGGCUGUUCUGCCGGCAGUACGACAUCAUCAAGGACAACGAUUCCAACAACAACCCCAAAGAGAAGGGGAAGGGGCCAGAGCAAAGCUCCCGGGGGCGGCCAUCAGGGACAAGACAGAAAAAGUCACCGUCCAUCAACACCAUUGAGGUCUGAUGAAGAGACAGAAAUGGAGAUGGGGGAAAAAAUCAGACGGAGAAAAGGAGCCUGGGUUUGAGGGUGAAGGAGAAACUAGUCUGACCACCUGCCUCAAAUCAGAGCCCCAUCCUCAGAUUUGGGUCGGGGUGGCAGGGGAGUGGGGGUUGCGGGGCCAAGGACAACUCUCAUUCCUAGGAACUCCAGCCUGGUUUUCACCCCUUCUUUUCACUGUGAACAGGGACAGGAGAAUCGUUUGUUGGGGUCGGCUUCCCCGGAUCAAUCGGAUGAGUAGACGGAUGGCCCUCCCUCUCCUGGCCUCCAAGACCACGGAAGGGUGGAUGACAAACCCUCCACCACGGCAGCCCACAAUGACAGGGCCUUCAAUGCUUCCUCCCAUUUCCCUUCACCCAUCCCCAGGGCUCAGGUUACCAUACUGCACUAUUCUAAAGUCUUCCAUGGCGUCUGAGGAUCUGUACCGUCUCACCAGGCGGCCCGUCGAGGGUGGAGGGGUUUCUCCGCCUCGGACAUUUUUCAAUAAAGGUUCUCGGAACGA